CUUCAGCGAUUUUGGUGGCUGCAUUAAAAGUUGGUGGUUGGGACAGAAGCUUCCCGAAGGCCGAGUACCCGGGCUGAGACAAUGUCCUCCGCGACCUCACCCGCAAUCACGGCAAUCUCCCCGUGAAACUCGGCGUUACAAGUGUAACCCUACCAGAGUCCAUAAUAACAAUCAUAACUUGGUGGCGCAUUUCCAAUUGCGCUAGGAGACAUUUCCAAAUGAUCGCCCGAGAGAAUAUCUUCAUCCUCGAGAUGCGUGAGACUUAGCCAAUUGAGCGACUUGUAAAACUAUCGAAUCGGAUAGAAGAUGACGAAUAUGUCACCCCGUUUAAUACGAUGAUUCACUAAUAUUCGAUACUUUCCGGUGGCUAAAUGCUACAGAGAAGACUCAUUUGAUUGGUAAGUGACCCCCACUUUGGCUUAGUACGCAUUUGAAAUGCAUAUGUACCCCGGUACCGUUUUCACAUGAAGUCUUUGAUAAGAAGUCGAAGCUCCUUCAUCGGCCAUUUCGUUGUUUUGGCGUUCACUCAUUUAUCGAACCUACAUAAUUCGACUUAUCAAGGGCAAGGAAAUGGCCAGCUCCCCAGCCCGCCGGUCCGACGAUCAACAGAGGGAUAAGUCUUCAAAAGCCAUUGGCGAUGGAGAUGCCGUUUCCGAGCGCAUCGUUACCGGGGAUGAAGAGGAAGUGGACGUUUUGAGCGUCAGCGAAAAUGUCGCAGGGACUCCAGAAGAGCGCCGUACAUUAGAGCGACGACUUAGACUUAAGGUCGACCUGCGACUAUGCACCAUUGCUGGCAUAUUAUGCUCGCUCAAUCUUCUCGAUUCUGGGGUUAUUAGUUCUGCCUCGGUGACAUCGAUGCCGACCGACCUGCAACUCACAGGCAACCGAUUUAGUGUUAGCAUUUUCAUCUUCACCAUUUCGAGCAUCGCCUUUCAACUACCCUCGACGCUCGCUGUGCGCACUUUCGGGCCCAGGCUGUGGUUCUCCACUAUUACCUUCUGUUUUGGCCUCAUAACGAUGUGUACCGCUUUCAUCCAAACUUGGCAACAGAUGAUCGCGCUGCGUGUGCUUCUCGGUAUCGCUAUGAGCGGCAUUUACCCGGGCUUGACCUACCUGGUCUCCACGUGGUACCCGCGAAAGGAACAACAGACGCGCUUCGCCUUCUUGCAGACCGGUGAGGUGAUAAUUCUCGCUACGGGCAGUAUCGUUAAUUAUGGCCUCAAUCAAUUGGACGGAAAGGGCGGCAUUGCCGGCUGGCGGUACAUGUUUCUCGUUCAAGGACUGAUCGCCAUGGUUAUUGGGCUUAUGACUUACUUCUGGAUCGUCGACUUCCCCGAGGAGGCGCACCGCUCUUUUUUGUUCCUGACGCCCGAGGAGCAGGAUCUGGCCGUGUCCCGGAUCAAUGCCGAUCGCAAGGACGUCAAACCAGACCCAUUCACUUGGGGCAAGGUGUUCGUGCACGCUCGAGACCCUAAGGUCUACGGCUUCGCCUGCAUGUUCUUCCUUUUGAACCUUGUUUCAACCGCACUAUCCUACUUCCUCCCUAUUAUCCUACAAAGCGGCAUGGGUUUCGACGAGAACCAGUCGAUUCUGCUGUCCGCGCCACCGUAUUAUUACGCUGUUAUCCCGGUUCUCCUGUCCUCUAUUAUUGGCGACCGAUACAGGCUCCGCGGGCCGGUCAUCAUUUUCAAUUGUAUUACGCUUAUUGUGGGCUUCUGCAUGCUUGGCUUCUCUGAGCAGGUCGCCGUGCGCUACGUCGGCACGUACCUCGCCACUGGCGCUUACGUCUCGAAUUGGGCGGCCCUGAGUACUUACCAAGCGAACAACAUCGCCGGACAGUGGAAACGUGCGUUUACGGCUGCUGCUGUGACGGCGAUGAAUGGCGCUGGUGGCAUCGCAGGAAGCUUCAUUGUCAGGUCGGUGGAGGCGCCGCAUUAUCUGACCGCCGUAUGGGUGUCCAUCGGCUCGCAUAUCCUGAUCAUAGUUAUCGUAGCUACGUUCUCCGUCUACUUCUUCCACGCAAAUAAGCUUGCCGCGACGGGCAAAAUUAUUAUCGAGGGCGUGGAGGGAUUUAGAUAUACGUACUGAUGGAUAAAUCUGCGGUAGGAUCCAUAGAACGUGCGGAAUGUCUGUGGGUGCGCACAGAUGGCUCUGGGAUCGCGGUUCUGACACUUGGUUCAAGCGUUAAGUGCCAUACUAGGACCCUUCAUAGGCUAGGCUAUGGCGGAUAGACAGUUAUUGGGUGCAAGGCACAACGCUAAUGACGACAUGCUUUACGAUUAAUGGUAGACGUAAACAAUAUUCAGGCUUGGAAAACCAAUCAAAAAUAUAGACAGCUGAUACGCAUUCUGUUCGCCCCUUUUUGUUGGCGCCUUUUGUCACUGCAAACAAUUGCUAUUGUAUUGGCUGCGAUAGUUACCUAAAGAAAACGCAUUACACUAGGAC